UGUAAACGCCACUAGUAUUUACAACUUUCGCAAGUUCAGAUUUUCUUUCAUUUCAUCAUGUCGUUGAUAAAUGAAGAACAGAAAUUGACUAACCUCUUCGACGGCACAGAAUGGAAUUUAUACGAUUCAAAGAUCCUAGACUUGAGUGCUGGUGCCCCGGAUCCUGAUUUGCUGCAACACUGUGUAGAUAUAUUUCGCCAGGCUACCGAACACAGUCUUCACCCUGAUAAGAAGAGUAAUUCAUCGCUAUUAUUUCAGUACGGCCCAAAAUCGGGGUUGUAUGAAGUUAGGCUUCAGAUUGCGAAAUAUUUUACGCACAUGUAUGGGAGUGAAGUAAAGUGUGAGGAUCUCUUUAUUACGUGUGGGGCAACGCAAGGGCUAAAUGUAAUUUUAUCUACACUAGUCGACUUAAAUGGAUACAUAUUUGUGGAUGAGAUCACGUAUAUGUCAGCUUUGGAUGUCAUAAGACAAUUCAGCUCAAUGCACAUUAUACCAAUUAAGUUAAGUGAGGAUGGCACUGACUUGGAGGAUUUGGAGAAACAUUUGAAAGAAUACGUCUAUAAAGCACAGAAAAAACAAUUUUGGGGCAUGUAUUACACCAUACCUAUCUUCCACAAUCCAACAGGUGUACUAUUUUCACCGACUACUUGCAAAGGUUUAAUAAAAUUGGCCCGAAAAUAUGAUAUUCUUAUAACAUGCGAUGAUGUCUAUAACAUAUUGAAUUACAACGACGAAAAUUGCACAAAACGCCUGCUGUCGUACGACAACAAACGUGACAAGGACUAUAGGGGCCAUGUUGUAUCUAAUGGAAGCUUCUCCAAAAUCAUUAGUCCUGGCAUACGUUUGGGCUGGUUUGAAGUUCCUCGAAGAAUAAAAGAUAUUUUGGAGUGUAGCGGUAUUAUUGACAGUGCUGGAUGUUUAAACAAUUACACUUCGGGCAUAGUGGCCAGUUUAUUUGAGUUGGGUUUAGCACAGACACAUAUAAACCGUAUGUAUGAAACCUACAAAGAACGUAUGUUGGCUACAUUAUCUACUCUGAAAAAGGAACUGCCAGUUGGUUGUAAGAUGUCUCACCCAGAAGGUGGGCAGUUCAUUUGGAUUACAUUAGAGAAGGGAUGUAGUGCUUCAGAGUUUCUUAAAGUUUGCAUGGAAGAAGAGCGGAUUUUUUUCCUUAUUGGAACUGUAUUUACAGUCAUACCCGAAAGGGCUUCAAACUGUUUCAGGUUGUCUAUUGCUUUCUAUAAUACAGAUAAGUUAGAAGAAGCUGUCAAAAGGAUGUGUCGAUGCUUGAGGAAGUAUUUGAAAAAUACAAAAAAUGAAAUUGUACUUAAUAGAGGUGGGACUAAAAUUGGUUGAACUGGACACUAUCAAUAAAAUAACACAUUCCAGGGCCGGAUCAAUAUGCAAAAGUUUUUAUAUAAGUGUGAUUAACUAACCACUUAAAUCUAACCUAACCUAACUUAACCUACAAGCCCAGUACUCACGAUAUUUUUUGGAACUUUAAGUUUUUUUAAUCGAAUAAAUUUUAUAAGAAAAUAUGUUGGCUAUAAAUAUACUUAUUAAACCUUCA